AUUUAUUAUAAAAACAUAAGUAAAUUAGUUGUCCAUUGUAAAUGGAUGCAGAUAGCACAUUUGUAUGUAUACAAAAAAUAUACAUUCUGUAGUCUUUUAGUGCUUAGAAAAAAAGCACUUAGCUUUGAGUGAUUCAUAUAGAGCUGACUUUUUUUUCCACUUGUUAUUCACAUGAAAUGUUCACUGCCAAUGUAGCUUUAAAUGAUAAUCAAGAUGUGGGGAAGGCUGUGUAUCAGGUUGUAUUACUAAUACUACAGGGAAAUAGGGCCUUUCAUGAAAACCAUAAAAUGAAUGACUAAUUCACAUGUGUUAGCAGGUUACCAGAAAGGAUAAGCAGGUCAAAUAUGCAGAGUUACUACAAAAACAGAACUCUAAGUGUAACACCACUUAAUAACCAUUUGGACAGUGGGGAGAAAUUGUAAGCCACCCCGGAUGGGUUGCCUGGACAAGGGUGUCUGAAGAUGAAAGACCCAAAACAACCGAUGACUCCAGGUUACAUCACUGAUGAUGAUGGCGUCCAAGUGCGUCACAAGAUGUUUUAUAAAAUCAUAAUCAUGUUGGUUCCUGACCAGCAUUUUGACUUUGUAGCUCUGGUCAAGUAAUACAGUAAUACAGUAAUACAGAGGCAGAUCAUUUCUUGCACCUGCAUCCUGAAGGAUGACAAAUUACCAUAAAAAAAAACAAACAUGCUCAAUAGUGGACAGGAAUGACUAAGCUGGUGCAGAAAUACUACACAGUUUUGAAAAUUGAAUCAGAUGGCCUAAAGCUAAAUUUCAUUUUUAUUGUUGGUGAUUUUGAAAUGUGAGUCACAACUACUGACAAAGACAACAAAGCAGAGGCUGAAUGCCACCUGAGGGACUGAGGAACAGAAAGAGGACAGUGACUGUGGACAUCAAGUAGAUAUCAAAUAUCAAACAAAGUCUGAUAUAUAUAUAUUUUAAAAAAGAAACGGAGAUAAAUAAAAAGGAUUAGGGCGAAGAAAUCUGAGUCAGCUAUACUAUUAAUUCUCUACACCUAGCCCAAUGAAGCGUUCAAAUUUAGUUUUAAACUGCUGUGUAUACAGACAUGUUUUAUAUAUAAACCGGUAGGCAAAUUAGCUCACCGGAUACAGAGUAAAGAAAUAAAGAAAUUAACAUAUUAAUCAUUUGUCAAUAGUAAAAUUAAAGAACUAGCUAUGUCUGAAAAGUACAGCACUCUAGCUAAACUCUAAAUGUGGAAAAAAGCUAACUGAUGCUAAUACAGGAGCAAUAUCGGCGCCAUUUUUGUGAAUCAUCUGAGGUACCGCAAUGGAAUGUUCAGUGUAGUUAGUUACUGAAGAACCGUUUUCUAUUUACAUAGAAAUUGUAAAAUUAAAAUACAUAACACAUGUAGAGUUAAUAGACAAAUACAGUGAAGCGAGACAAUUCUGAGUUGUUUAAAAUUAUGUCCUUUAUUAGCAUAUUUGUGCUGUAUGUAGGCUGUUAUUUGAGUGAUUUUAACGUUGAUGUGGCCCGCCGGAAAGUUUAAGGCUACUGGAAACCAUAUGGACUUGUGUGUUUGGUUAUUUUUUGAAACAUUACGUGACAGCGAAGAAUAAAGAAUAAGCUUAAGAAAUAUUAAGAAUAAAGCUCAUGCUCCGUCGUCAUGUUUUUGGACAGGGAUUGAGUAUCACGUACACAGGAGAAGGGUGGGACUGAAAUCCACUAGUGUAGUGAAAAAUGAAUCGAAUCACGUGCUUUACUUUCAUCCCUGUAGGAGCGCGUGGAGUCGUUUGAAUUCACCCUGUGGCGCGAGGGAUUUCAAUUCAGGGAUUAAGGAGGUGAUGAGAUGAAAAUAUGCGAUUUUAGGGGGGAAUAAAAUAACAACAACAAAACGGACGGUCUAAAUGACUGGUUUUGACGGUCAUGAUAAUCCUGGAGAACUUUUGGAGAGAUGUAUCAGAGCCACGGGAGUGCAGCUUUCACAAACGGACUUUACACCGACAUGGCAGCACGACUGGACCUGAACCCCACCACCCUCAUGCACAAGAAGAUCACAGAUGCAGUCACAUCUAGCCCCAGUGCUGACUCCAGGCCAGAUGAUGAGUGGCUUCUUGAGUCCUCUCUAGUCUCAGAAGCAGAGUGCGCCUGGGACACCAUGGCCUCCUUUUUGCCCUCUUCACUGCCAAACUGUCCAUGUCUCCUGUCACAGUGUUUCAGUCCAGAGCUGCUCCAUUCUGAGACACAAGGCAGAUCUCACGAUCCAUACAAAGAGCACAGCAAUCAACUUAGAUCUGUUGAGGAGUGUGAGAGGAGGCGAGCCCGCAGAGAAAGGAACAGAAUAGCAGCUGCUAGAUGUCGGGAUCGUCGACGCAUGCUUACGGACACGUUACAAAACGAGACUGAGCAGUUGGAGCGUGUGAAGGCUCAGCUGGAGGCGGAGAUUGCUGGGCUGGAGAGGGAGAAAGAAAGGCUGGAGUUAGUUCUGGAGGCCCAUAAGCCUGCCUGUAAGAUGGAUGGCUCUAAUCCUGAAUAACCGUCAACCCUGAACAAGUUCAGAACUGAGUCUGCAGGUUCAGAUCAGUCCUGACAGCUGAUAUUUUAGUUUACGAAAGCUGAACGGCAAUUAUGUUACCAUGUUAAACAUAAGUAACAUUAUAUUUUGCAUGUUGUUCACAAAUAGUACUGAAUAGUACAUUUUAAUUAGAAGUUUUACUCAAAUUUUGAAGAAUUUCCUUUUUUUCAGUCUAAACUGUUUAGAAAUGAAAUAAUCAAAGAUUUAGCCACCCCAGCGAAUAUGAACUUGCAUUAAAUGGUCAGCAUGGCCUGACUUAGAAUGGCCCAUAAAAAGCUAUUUGUUUAUCUCAAUGUUCUUUUUGGUCCAUAUGAAUUUUGAUUUCUUGUGUAGACCACACAGUCAUCCUCUCUAUGUCCAUUUUCACAUCUAUUAAAAAACCCUUUUACUCCAGACAUUGCGUGAACCUUUAGCAAAAAUGCUUUUUGGAACAUUUUUGUGUUCACUAGGACCCAAGUGUAGGCCCUAUGUCUUGCCUGGUGCUGGAAAAAACCUUUACAGAUGCAUAAUCACAAUGAGAAAUACAUGCUGCAAAUUCUACAACAUAACACAGAUGUGGCCAGUAAGUUCUGUCAGUGAAACACA